CCUCCUCCGGCUGCCACAGUUUGCCGCUAUCCGCUCUCCUCACCGCGCAGCUUUUCCUCAAUCCUGCUCCUCAAACUCACGGUGUCCGGACCAAAAAACUAGCAGAGGACAGACUCCACUGUGUGUCCCGCUCAUCUUCUUUACAUUCCUCCACACCAGAGAAGACUUUCAGGAUCACCUGGACUUUCCCACUUCCUGGUUAUAUAACCUUUGUUGCACUUGAACGAAUCCUCCACAUUCCUAAGACUUUGGCCCUGGGCGGACAUUGACUCCUUUUUUUUUCCCUCUCCUCGUUCUUUUAAGGUCAACGAUCGAAUUCGUUGUGGUUUUUUUAAUCAGUCACAUCAGACCAAACAAGUCGUCCGAGUCAACAGCCUACUAACGCGGUUUUUUUGCACAAGCUAAACGUAGUCUUAAGAGUGAGUUUUCUUUCUGCGCGUAUCUUAAUUUAAGUGACCAAACAGUGAAUAAUGGCAGGUUUGAACUCUGUGGAUGCUGUGAAGAGGAAGAUCCAGUGUUUGCAGCAGCAGGCCGACGAGGCAGAGGACCGGGCUCAGAUCCUCCAGAGAGAGCUGGACAGUGAACGGGAGAUCCGAGAGAAAGCGGAGGGUGAUGUAGCAGCUCUAAACCGUAGAAUCCAGCUGGUAGAGGAGGAGUUGGACCGAGCCCAGGAGAGGCUGGCCACAGCUCUGCAGAAACUGGAGGAGGCUGAGAAAGCUGCAGAUGAGAGUGAGAGAGGAAUGAAGGUGAUUGAGAACCGAGCGAUGAAGGACGAGGAGAGGAUGGAGAUCCAGGAGAUGCAGCUGAAGGAGGCCAAACACAUCGCAGAGGAGGCUGACCGUAAAUAUGAGGAGGUGGCUCGUAAGCUGGUAAUCCUGGAGGGAGAGCUGGAGAGAGCUGAGGAUAGGGCCGAGCUCGCAGAAUGUAAAGCCAGCGACCUUGAGGAGGAGCUGAAAAAUGUGACCAACAACCUGAAAUCCUUAGAAGCUCAGUCUGAGAAGUACUCAGAAAAAGAAGACAAGUACGAGGAGGAGAUCAAAAUAUUGACCGACAAACUGAAGGAGGCUGAAACCCGUGCAGAGUUUGCAGAGAGGACAGUGGCCAAACUGGAAAAGUCCAUCGAUGACCUGGAAGAGAAAUUAGCAAGUGCCAAAGAGGAGAAUCUGAGCAUGCAGCAAGUCCUGGACCAGACCCUGCAGGACCUGAACAGCUUAUAAAUGUGCAGAGAGGAAACUGGAGAGGAUGACAUCGUCAUUGUAACAUUCCAUUACCCGUUCGACUCCAUUCCACAUUUCGAGCUGUAAAAUCUUUAUACCCUCACGUAACAGGGUUUUUAACUUAAUGCUUGUCCCUUGAAGUUUUUUUUUUCUUCAAAAUGAGAAGUAAUUUUGAAAUGGUAUUUUCUUUAAAUCUCCAGCUGUGAUAACAGAAAUUCUCACCUGAAUUUUUUUCUUUUUUUUUGACCACUCCUUCAGAAAGAACUGGCAUUUAAUACCGCCCAAAGAAACGUCAGAUUUGGUCACUCAACCACUUGGCUCAAUUUUACAUUUUAUGUGCACAUACAUACAUUCAUUACACCGCUGUCUGAUUAUACUAAUACAUGGGCUACAGAUGGUAUUGGGUUUCUCUCACUCAACAUUAGUGCAGCUCUGAAGUGCCACCUAGUGGUGAUUCUGAACAUGCUUUAACAACUAACUGAAGAGGCUUUUUAACUCGUCUGUCUCAGUCGUGCUCACAUAAAUCUGUGUUUAAAGCAGCAAGAUGGUCAAAUGGACAUGUGGCUUGGGGAAAGGUUUUCAUUCAUAAAUAAAAAAGUCAUGUUGGCACAUGCUGCUCAGUCACAUUUGGUGUCUCUACAUUUAAAUUAAAACCAAUCUCUCCUGUGGCCGACAUGUUGAAGACACAGAAUAUCGAUAGUGCAUUCAUUUUCAUUGGCACUCCUUAUAGUGUGGGAAUCUGUAUUGACAUUAUCUAUAUACAUUACAUUCAUGACAUGAACACCUUUCCUGAAGCUAACCUCCUCUCCACUGCCACAGAUGUCAUAAUGUGGCCAAUAUUUACUAGAUUUACAAACUGUUGUACUUAUAUGAGCGAGCUAAACCCCAAACCACUGGCAGCUUGGUUAAGUUUUGCCAACUAUGGAUACUUAUUGUAUAUAGUAGAAUAAUGUUAGGUAUGUGAGAAGUUUUAUUUUUGACUUUUUUGGGGGAUGUUGUUUCAAUUACGCCACUUUUUUUUUUUUUGCCAGGGGAAGUCUUAAGACCAAAGAACUCACAUAAGAUAGGCAACACAUUUUGAAUACCUUUUUUUUUUUAUUUUUGAUUUAUUAUGAUGGCCAUCAUGGUUUCAUUUUGUGCCAGGGCCAUGAAUCGUGCAUCACAUUUGAUCAAGGCUGUUUUGAAAUAUUUCAUUCACCACCCCCUCUAUGUCAGUCUAAUAAAUGUUUUACAGAAAUCA